UGCAUUUUGCUGCUCAUCGACCUGUGGACUGAUUGAAGCGUGAGCGUGCCCUGCUGGCAAAGAUACAUAUGUUUUGUGAUCCCAAUUCUUUAUUAAAUACCUUUUUAUAUUAUAAUUUUUCUGAAUCUGGAACUUGUUCAGCACUGGGAGCUCAGAUCUCUUUUGAACCUAACAUCUGCCAUCAGCACACAGCUUUUAGUAGCCUAUAUUUUAUUAUGAUGUGAAGCCCUACUACCUACAGCACAGUCUCUAGACGGUUAACUGGUUACAGUCGACAAAAAACGUAUUGGAAUUUCAUAAGGAUUAAUAAUUCUUUAUUUUGUUAUUGUUGCAGCUCUGAGAAAAGAACAACAUGGCUCGUUUAACAAUCUUGGCUGGAUUGUCUCUUUUGUUGUGUCUCCAGAUGGUGUCUUCCACCAAACUGGUGUGCUACUUCACAAACUGGUCCCAGCAUACAACAGGUGCUGGCAGAUAUCUGCCUGCCAAUUUAGAUCCCAAUCUCUGCACUCACCUGAUCUACGCCUUUUCAAUAAUCAACUCUUCUAACGAGCUGGUGACCAGUGACCCGAAUGAUUACGUUUUCUACAAAUCCUUCAAUGCACUGAAGAAUAUAAACCCCCAGCUGAAGACUCUGCUGGCUGUUGGGGGGGCGGCCUUUGGAGUAAAACAAUUUUCCAUCAUGGUUUCAUCAUCUUCCAACCGUGAGAGAUUCAUCCAGUCUUCAAUCAUAUUCUUGAGACUGCAUGGCUUUGACGGGCUGGACCUGGACUGGGAGUAUCCUGGUGCAAAAGGAAGCCCACCUGAGGACAAGCAUAGGUUCACACUGCUCUGCCAGGAACUACUCGCUGCCUUCGAAAAAGAAGCAGCUCAGACCAGCAAACCACGAUUGCUGCUUACAGCUGCAGUGGCUGCAGGGAAGGUGAACAUCGACAAUGGUUAUGAGAUUGCUGAAAUCUCGAAAUCCCUAGACUUUAUAAAUGUCAUGACCUACGACUUCCACGGAGCAUGGCACCCGUUCACGGGUCACAACAGCCCUCUGUACCGCAACUCUUUUGAUCAGGGCAACAACAUCUACGGCAACGUGAACUUUACUUUAAAAUAUUGGAGAGACCAAGGUGUUCCUGUUGAAAAGCUCAUAAUGGGAUUUGCUACAUAUGGACGCGCAUUUCGCACAUCAUCAGCGGCUAACGGCGUUGGGGCACCAACCAGCGGAGCAGCCUCUGCUGGCCCCUACACCCGUGAGGCUGGGUUUUGGUCUUACUAUGAGAUUUGUACUUUCCUUAAAGGAGCCAGCCUCCACUGGAUUGAUGAACAAAGUGUUCCCUAUGCCGUAAAAGGAAAUGAGUGGGUUGGGUUUGAUAACAUGCAAAGCUUUGCAAUCAAGGCACAAUAUGUGAAAGAUAACAAAUUUGGGGGAGCCUUCGUCUGGUCUCUGGACCUAGAUGAUUUUAAUGGACAGUUCUGUGACCAGGGAAACUAUCCCCUCAUUAGUCAUCUGCGCUCUCUGCUGGGUUUAGCAGUUACCACAACUCCUCCACCAGCAGUUACCACAACUCCUCCACCAACAGUUACCACAAAUUACUCAGACACCAACAUAACUAUCAGAGCACCAACUACCAGGAUGAUUUUAAUGAACAGUUCUGUGGCCAGGGAAGCUAUCCCCUCAUUAGUUAUCUGCGCUCUCUGCUGGAUUCAGAUACUCCAACUCCACCUCCUGUAACUACACCUCCAUCAGCAGUUACACACAUCCCCCAGGCAACAGCACAACUAUCAGAGCUCCAACAACUACCUGGGCUCCAAAAACUACCAUUGCCAAAAGAACAACCGUGGGUGUCUCUGGAAAGGAUUUCUGUUCUGGGAAGGCUGACGGCCUCUACGUAAAUGACAUGAACCCCAGCUCCUUCUAUCAGUGUUUUCGCGGAAACACAUACCUCCAGCUGUGUUCCGGUAGUCUUGUUUUCAGUAAAAGCUGCAACUGCUGCUACUGGGCUUAGAUAAAUGUCUUCUUCGUGAAACAAAACUGACUUAUUUCUAAAAUAUUUAAUUUGAUUACAUUUGUGGUGUCUGGCGAAUGAUUACGUGCAGAAUUAGGCUUUUGAGGUGCUUUAUUUAAUACACUUUCAUUACUUGUUUGGACCACAACUUAUGUCCUGCUAGCUUCUGCAGCUUUAUAGAAUGAAGUUGAAUCCCCAGUUAUAUAGAAUUAAAAUUAAACUGUCCUAAUAGUGUUUGUACCACUUUAUAUCUUAUAAAGCUUUACCAAGAAAUCA